AUGGGCAAUAUCUGUUUGAGGCUCUGGGCAUACUUGGAACCCUGUCUCCCCUGCAUGUCCCAGGAGGCAGACAAGUCGGUGGUAAUUGAGAAUCCAGGGGCCCACUCUCCCCCUGAAGCUCCUCAGACUGCGAAACAUGAACCCAAGAGAAGCCAGAGGCACUACUUUGUGGCUCUGUUUGAUUAUCAAGCUCGGACAGCAGAGGACCUCAGCUUCCGUGCAGGUGACAAACUCCAAGUCCUGGACACUUCCCAUGAGGGCUGGUGGCUGGCCAGACACUUGGAGAAAAGGGCAGAUGGCUCCGGCCAGCAACUGCAGGGCUAUAUUCCUUCUAACUACGUGGCCGAAGACAGGAGCCUACAAGCAGAGCCGUGGUUCUUUGGAGCAAUUAAAAGAGCAGAUGCAGAAAAGCAACUAUUAUAUUCAGAAAAUCAGACGGGUGCUUUUCUCAUCAGAGAGAGUGAAAGCCAGAAAGGAGAUUUCUCCCUUUCAGUUUUAGAUGAAGGAGUUGUGAAACACUACAGAAUCAGGAGACUAGACCAAGGGGGCUUUUUCCUUACCCGGAGAAAAACUUUCUCAACACUGAAUGAAUUCGUGAACUACUACACCACCACAAGUGAUGGCCUGUGUGUCAAGCUGGAGAAACCAUGCUUAAAGAUACAAGUCCCAACUCCUUUUGAUUUGUCCUAUAAAACCGUGGACCAGUGGGAGAUAGACCGCAACUCUGUCCAGCUUCUGAAGCGAUUGGGAUCCGGUCAGUUUGGAGAAGUUUGGGAAGGCCUCUGGAACAACACUACUCCAGUGGCUGUAAAGACAUUAAAACCAGGUUCAAUGGAUCCAAAUGACUUCCUGAGGGAGGCACAGAUAAUGAAGAGUCUAAGACAUCCAAAGCUUAUCCAGCUUUAUGCUGUUUGCACUUUAGAAGAUCCAAUUUAUAUUAUUACAGAGUUGAUGAGACAUGGAAGUCUGCAAGAAUAUCUCCAAAAUGAUGCUGGAUUAAGAAUCCAUCUGCCUCAACAGGUAGACAUGGCUGCACAGGUUGCUUCUGGAAUGGCCUAUCUGGAGUCCCAGAACUACAUCCACAGAGAUCUGGCUGCCAGAAAUGUCCUUGUUGGUGAGCAUAAUAUCUACAAAGUAGCGGAUUUUGGACUGGCAAGAGUUUUUAAGGUAGAUAAUGAAGACAUCUAUGAAUCUAAACACGAAAUAAAGCUGCCGGUGAAGUGGACUGCACCUGAAGCCAUUCGUACUAAUAAAUUCAGCAUUAAGUCCGAUGUGUGGUCAUUUGGAAUCCUUCUUUAUGAAAUCAUUACUUAUGGCAAAAUGCCGUAUAGUGGUAUGACAGGUACUCAAGUAAUCCAGUUGUUGGGACAAAACUAUAGACUUCCACAGCCAUCUAACUGUCCACAGCAAUUCUACAACAUCAUGUUGGAGUGCUGGAAUGCAGAGCCUAAGGAACGACCAACAUUUGAGACACUGCAUUGGAAACUUGAGGACUAUUUUGAAACAGAGUCUUCAUAUUCAGAUACAAAUAACUUCAUAAGAUGAAUACUGAAGAAGAAGUAAUUGAGAAUUAAGAACAAAGAAUAACUAAUAAAGAAAUACAAUCUUCAAUUUUAUCAACGAACUGCAAAAUCAGUUUUCUUGACAUAUUCAAGUGAUAGGGCAAAUUUGGCCAUGCAUUAUAAAAAAAAAUUUAUAUGUGCAUUUUAUUGACUAGGAAAUACUGCCGGACAGUCUAAGAUGAUGUAUCAUUUUCUCACUGCCUGAUAAAAUCAAACAAACUAAAUGAAGUUAUUUUUCUUUGUAAGAGACACUUAUAUUUCUAUUUAUUGUUUGAAAAGCCGAUCAAAAGAAUCAACAGAUGAUAGUCAAUUUUUACUCAGUGACUGUUGUAGCAUUUUCCUGUUUACUGAUUAGAGACGUUAUUCAUUAUUCCUCGGAUUGCUGAAU